ACUACCGCGCCCAGCUGGGCGUGUGUGCGUGUGCCGCUACAAGGUGACUAUGGUGUCCUGUGUGUAGGUCGGGCUCCGCAAAUCGUCCUCUCUCGUUCGUUCUCCGCGCUCUUCCGUCUUAGCUCGGCUUGUGUCUUGCAGGGGAAGUCUUCAAGAAGCUAGCAUGGCGCCUGUAGAGGUUCUUAAAGUGGCGACGUCUCCGUUUGAGGGGCAGAAACCCGGCACCAGCGGCCUAAGGAAGCCGGUACCCGUCUUCAAGGGUGAGCACUAUGCAGCUAACUUUGUACAGAGCACGCUGAGCUGCAUCUCAGAGGAGGAGCGGAAACGGGGGAACCACACGGUCGUCGUCGGGGGCGACGGGCGCUACUACAUGAAGGAAGCUGUGCAGUUGAUCGUGAGGAUGUGUGCCGCAAAUGGGCUCCAGAAAGUGAUCGUUGGGCAGAACGGAAUCUUCUCAACGCCGGCGGUGUCGUGUGUCAUUCGGAAGCGCUCGGCCGCGGGAGGGAUCAUUCUCACGGCGAGUCACAACCCUGGGGGUCCUAACGGAGACUUCGGCAUCAAGUACAACAUAGCAAACGGAGGCCCUGCCCCAGAAGGGGUCACCAACGCCAUCUUUAACUACACCAAGACAAUAAAGGAAUAUCUCAUCUGUCCUGACAUCACAGUGGACCUGGCUAGCCUGGGUACGCAGAGGUUUGAGGUGGCCGGCCAGUCCCAGCCAUUUGUAGUGGAGGUGGUGGACUCUGUGGACGACUACCUGCAGAUGUGUCGGGACAUUUUCGACUUCCCCACCAUCAAGGCCCUGCUGGCGACCAUCAAGAUCAGAGCUGAUGCCAUGUGUGGAGUGAUGGGCCCGUAUGUGAAGAGAGUUCUGUGCCAAGAGUUGGGAGCUUCUGAAGACGCGGCGGUCAGGUGUGACCCCAAAGACGACUUCGGAGGUCACCACCCUGACCCCAACCUGACCUACGCAGCCGACCUUGUCAACACGAUGAAGACGGGAGACUACGAACUGGGCGUGGCGUUCGACGGAGACGGGGAUAGAAACAUGAUUCUUGGCCGUGGAGGUUUCUUCGUGACUCCGUCAGACUCGGUGGCCGUCAUCGCGGCAAACUGCGACUGUAUCCCGUACUUUAAACGGUCGGGCGGCGCCAAGGGGUUCGCACGUAGCAUGCCCACAGGAGGGGCUCUCGACAGAGUGGCAGAAGGACUGGGAGUUCCAAUGUUUGAGGUGCCUACAGGCUGGAAGUUCUUUGGUAACCUGAUGGAUGCUGGGAAGCUCUCCAUCUGCGGAGAGGAGAGCUUCGGGACCGGCUCGGACCACAUCCGGGAGAAGGACGGCUUCUGGGCGGUCAUGUCCUGGCUGUCAAUCAUGGCCGCUAGGAAGGCUAGUGUGGAGGAGAUUGUGCACGCGCACUGGGCCAAGUACGGAAGGAACUUCUUUACAAGGUACGACUACGAGAACGUCGACGCAGCUCCAGCCAAUCAGAUGAUGGCAAAUGUGGAACAGCUCAUCACGGCUGCAGACUUUGUCGGGAAGGAGUUUUCUCACGGGGACAAGACGUACAAGGUCGCAAAGGGUGACAACUUCAAGUACACCGACCCUAUAGAUGGCAGUGUCUCAACUAAACAGGGCCUGAGGAUCGUGUUUGAGGACGGUUCCCGCGUGAUUUUCCGUCUGAGCGGAACGGGAAGCGUGGGCGCAACGAUCCGCAUGUACGUGGACAGCUACGAGACGGAUGCCGCAAAGCAGAAGUUGGACGCACAGGUCAUGCUGAAGCCUCUGGUAGAGAUCGCGCUGAAGUUGUCUCAGCUUCGGGAACUGACGGGACGCGAUCAACCCACCGUCAUCACCUAGGCAACAGCAAAACAACACUACAACCAAACAUAGUCUUUAAGCCAUAACAUGUCUCUCUGUGUUCACUCCAAGAUGCUGUGUGAACAGAAAUUCAUUCAUUCAUUCAUUCAUUCAUUCAUUCAUUCAUUCAUUCAUUCAUUCAUUCGAUAAUCAUUCAUUUAUCCAUCCAUACAUCCUUUUAUUCAUCAAUCAUUGAUUCAUUCAUUCAUUUAAUCGAUUCAUUCCUCCAUCCACUCAUUCAUUCAUUCAUUUGUUAUUUUGAUCUAUUCAUUCAUCCAUUCAGUCAUUCAUUCCUUUAUUUCAUACUUCUCUACCAUGCUCUAUUUCCUGUUGGUCUUCAAAUUCAGUAAGAUUUCUUAAAACUGAGAGCCAACAAAUAAGACUGGUGUGUCCUUAUGGGAAAGAAAGGGAUCAUUUUAAUUUGAGCAAAUGUUUUGUGUGCAAAGCUGUCUUUCUGUGUGAAAUGCAUAGCAAGAUAGUGGGGAAAUUGAACUGAUUGCUGCAGCUUUGUGGAGUGAGAUUUCUGUGUCAGUUCAGAGCUAAGUUGAUAGGGGGAGCUGUUGAGUGGCAAAAGAUGAUAACUGCAUGAAUGUGGAUUUAGAUGGAACUGAAGUCGAAUGUUUAUGUAUAAAAGAAUGACACAGCAUGAAAAUGUUCAUCUUCUUGAGAAAUUCUAUUGUUAAAUUUGUGGAAAUUUGUGAAAUGCUGAUUUGUUCAGUGUGAAUAAUAGUGGUGAACAGCUAAGAUUGCUGCCGUCUAUUGAUUUUAAGUUGAGAUUUGUUUUGAUUCUUUGAUUUUGAGAGUUUUGUGUCCUAUAGACAGAAUGAAAUGUCCUA